AUGGCAACCUGGAAACACCUCUUCGCUUUUACAGAGCGUGAGCAUUGGAGCACACUCUCUGCCGCUCUUGCUGCCGUUUGCGCCUGCGCGGCGGUACGAACCGCGUAUGCAGUCACUCUGGGCCAGGUCUUUCAGGUUCUUACCAAUUACGGCAAAGGUACUUUCGACUCCAAAGAGGCUCUUUCUCAAAUAUCAAAAUGGUGUGUAAUUAUUUGCUUCCUCGGGUUUGGGGCAAUGGUAGCCAACACUGCCCUCAUGUCUUUUUGGCUUGUUUUUGGAGAGCUCCAAGCCAAGAGGGCACGAGAGAUUGUGUUUAACAGUCUUCUUCGCUAUAACAUGGUUUGGUAUGAUGGCCAAGUUGAUGGAACUGCCAGUCUCCUUUUCAGGAUUAAAACGCAAAUCCAUGAACUACAAACAUCAACAUCCCAUAUAUUCGGCCUCUUAGCAGUCGAUGUCGUCUCCUCUGCUGCAUCUCUCAUUUUGGCAUUCUUUUUUUCCUGGAAACUAGCUCUUGUCUUGGUUUCCUCAGUUCCUUUGUCCGCUGUGAUAUUCUGCAUCGUGAACCGAAAGAUUGGGAUCGCUAUUGAUAAACAGAAACACCAUCUAGCCGAAGCAUCAAAGCAAGUCAAUGCCUCCGUCACCGGUAUUGAUUUGGUCAAGGUAUAUGACGGUGUUGCCCAAGAGAUGCGACAAUAUCAUCGUGCAAUACAGGCCUCGAAGAAGCAGUACAUGCAACAGGCCUGUUACAAUGCGUUUUUAGUGGCCUACAUGCAAAGUUGGACUUUAGUACUAUUUUUUGCGGGCUUCUGGUUUGGUCUCUGGUUGGUCACCAAGGGAUUGAGCGCAGCGCAAAUCCUCACUACUUUCUACGCUACUUUGACUGCAUUGCAAGGUCUCUCGAACAUCAUCCCUCAAUGGCUGGUUCUACUUAAGGGCAUGUCUGCUGGUCAAUAUCUGUCUCAAAUGACAGAAAGCUCUCGAAAUCUAGCAUCAAAAGAGACGGAGAACGGUCUCCUCAAACCACGUUAUUGUUUAGGCGAAAUACAAGUCAAGGAUAUUAGUUUUGCUUAUCCAGCAAAUGCGCAAAAGCAAGUACUUACAAAAGCCUCGUUUCAUUUCCCUGCCGGCAAGACUUGCUUUAUAGUAGGCAAGAGCGGCUCGGGGAAGAGUACAUUAGGUGACCUUCUGGUCAACUUUUAUGAACCUUCGUCUGGGCAGAUUCUUGUUGACGGACAGCCAGUAGAAGAUUUGGACAAGAUAUGGCUUAGAAAGAAUGUGACAUUAGUCCAGCAAGCCAGCGUUGUUUUCCACGGCACAUUUCUCGAAAAUAUCACCCUUGGCCAUGUCUCUCCUACACAUGUAUCCAUGGACGAUGCGAGAAGAGCCUGUGACAUGGCUCUCUUGCAGUCUACAGUGGCAUCUUUACCCAUGGGGAUGGCCACUGUCAUUGAUUCAGUUGGGAGUGGGCUUAGUGGUGGGCAGAAACAGUGCCUUGCACUCGCAAGGGCAAGGUUACGGGACCCUCCGAUUCUCAUACUCGAUGAGGUCACAAGUGGCUUGGAUCAAACAAGCAAGCAUUUGAUAAUGGAGGCAGUUCGCACCUGGCGGCAGGGUAAAACAACGCUCAUCAUUACUCAUGACAUAUCUCAGGUAGAAAAGGAAGAUUACGUCUACGUCUUGGAAGACAGCCGUAUUGUACAGGAAGGCACCUGUGGAAACAUAUCGGAGGACUCAGACGGUGCUUUUGUGCAUCUUUCUUUGGCUCAUGAUGAAGCUGCACUGGACAAGGGCACCCUUGGUACAGUAACCAGUGAUGCUGGCUACAAUGCAAGCGAGCUAGACGCUUAUUUUAUGCGUCAUGAAGUCACAAGAGGACUCUCUCAAAGAAGCUUUCACCAUAUGCAUUUGGAGAAAGGAGCUGCCUCCCUAUGGCCUAGUUUAACUGAGACGAGCUCAGCAUCCACCAGCAGACGGGAUUCAAGUAUAGCCUGUCGAGAUUCACGUGUUAGGUGCAGUAAAAUGAUUCUUCCGCCAACAGGUCCCAACGAGCUAGAAUGGAAGGUCAACACGAAAACAGACUGGCAAUCCAAGAUACCCACAACCUCUUGUCGCUCAUUCAUGGAAAUGAUUCAAAUUUCUGGACAAGCUGUGCGAGUAUCAAGAGGAAUAUCUGAGCGUAUGAAAAAUGUUCCGAACUAUUCUCCAGCUGCCAGUCCUGAGAAUCAAAGAGAGUGUGGAAGAACAUAUGGCAAACAAAAAGCAGGAGCUGUUAAGGACGAGACACAAGAAGUUGAGAACAUCCCCCUCGGUGCCAUAUUUCGAACUGUCUGGCCGCAUCUAUCUGCAAGAAGCCGGGUCAAGCUGAUUGCGGGUGUAAUUUCCUGUGUAAUAGCUGCUGGUUGUAAUCCUGUCUUCUCCUAUUGCUUCGCUCGACUCCUCGCUCAAUUCUGGGAGGCUGGAGAUCGACAAGCCGCCAGUCAAAAGUGGUCAACUUACAUGAUCGGAGUUGCCGUCGUAAUCGGAGUCAGCAUGUACCUUCAACGGUUUUUCAUGGAGGCUGUAGGUCAAGCCUGGGUCGACUCUCUCCGCCUAGAAGGAAAGAAGCGGGUUCUCCUGCAGCCGAAAUCAUGGUUCGAUAGGCCUGAGAACUCAUCCAGUCAUAUUAAUGAGUGCCUCGACGGCGAUGCAGAAAGAAUGAGAAGUCUAGUCUCCCGCUUCAUCCCCAUCAACAUAAUGUUGGCUGUGAUAAUCGGUGCCUCGACAACCUGGGCUUUGACAAUAUCUUGGAGGUUGACACUGGUUGCAAUUUCUACAACACCAAUCAUUUUGGGUACGAUCAAGUUGCUAGCCAAUAUAAAUGACAAAUGGGAGUGGGCUUGCAGUCAGGAAGCAAACAAAACUGCAUCGCUUAUGCGAGAUGUUUUAAUCAACAUCCGAGUAACUAAAGCUUUCACGUUGGAAGGCUACUUGAGCCAACGUCACGGCGUGUCAGUCAAGUCGACGUAUGAACUCGGGCUGCAAAGGGCCUUGAGAACAGGACCACUUUUUGGUUUGAGCCAGUCAACAAGUUUUUUUGUCAUCGCACUCGUCUUCUGGUAUGGUAGCUACCUUACUACUAAUCAUGGCGAGAUGUCACCAGGAAGCCUCCAACAAGUCGCUAAUCUGCUUCUUUUCUGCGUUGGCCAGGCAAGCACAUUAAUUAGCAUGAUGCCACAAGCCUCGGUCUCGCAAACUGCGGCAACCAAGUUGCUGCGUUUAGCCAACACAGCACUAGCAGAGACGCCUCAGCCUGUCGAGACUCAAGGUCUCAGCUCGUUGUUUCCGAUCAUCAUCCGUAACCUUGAAUUUGCAUUUCCGUCUCGUCCUACGCACCAAGUCUUGCACAAUAUCUCUUUCAGCAUAGAAGCAGGAACAUUCACAGCCAUAGUUGGAGCUUCAGGGUGUGGCAAAAGUACUAUCAUCGCUCUCCUUCUGGGUUUAUAUGAACCAUCUCAACGACCUUGGGCAGUUCGAGGCCAGGAGGCAGGCGUUACCUGCGCUGGAAUCAACUUGCAUCGUACCAAAUGGUCACAGGUCUGCUCACUGAUCUCCUUUGUACCGCAAACCCCAUUUCUUUUUCCUACAUCGAUUGCGGAGAAUAUCGCUUAUGGACUGCCGGAUACAUCUGUGUUGCGUCACCACGAUAACUUGGAAAAAGCCGCUCGUGCUGCGGAUGUUCACGACUUCAUCAUAUCACUACCCCAAAGGUACAAUACUAUUGUUGGCGAGGGGGGCCAAACUCUUUCAGGAGGUCAGUCACAACGUAUCUGCAUAGCUAGGGCGCUGGCAAGGAGGCCACGACUGUUGGUAAUGGAUGAGCCGACAAGCGCACUCGACGGUCAGACGGCAGGCUUUGUCCGAGAGACGAUUAGAAGAGUGCUGGAAGACCAGAAGGCUUGCGAGAUGAGCGUGCUGGUCGUGACGCAUGAUAGGGAGAUGAUGCGUAUGGCUAAUCGUCUCGUCGUGGUAGAAGACGGCCGAGUUGUAGAAGAGGGCAGCUUCAAGACGUUGAUCCUCGGGGGAAAUGUGUUUCCCAAGCUCAUCGAGGGAGUUCUCUAG